CUCUUUGUCUUACUCCAAGCAGCACAGUGGAGUAUAACCAAUGCCGCUGCUGAGCCCGAAUCCGCCAUCUCAGACAUAAAAAAUCGAAUCACCUUGGUUCCAUGAUUCGUGCUGUCUUGGCUUCCCAUUCGAUUAAACACCGUGUGUCAGACUGUCAGUGGAUUUGGGAGGAAAGGCAAUCAAUCAGCAGGACCAAAGCAUGAGCAUCGAUCGACGGUAGCGAUCCGCCGUGGAUAGUCCUCGCUUCUUCCAUGCAAGGUGAUCAGUAGAGCCCCGGCAACUUCUCCCGCAGCUGGUAGUGCAGCUGAGCGGACAUGGAUGGAGGGAAUCUGAUCACAAAUUGCUCCACCGCGGGAUUCGACCAAUGCUCCUCCUACACGCUUUGCUCAGUCGAUAACAUCAUCAAGGCAACCUUCCACAAGAGCAUCAGAGGGCAGAUAUGGCGGGUUAACGCGCUGGUACUCGCUGGAGGUGUCCUAGCAGGAGUCAUCGUUGGGAUAGGAGCAUGGGGUCAGCGGUACCGCCACCGCCCCACCACCCGCUUUAUCUUCCUCGGAGCCACCACAUUGUUUUUGCCUAUCAUCUCCUCUGUCAUCUCUACCAUUGGCGUGCACCCUGAUUAUCUCAUUCCCUUACCAUCAGACAGCAGUGGCAAGGAGCUGUCAGCGUUGGCCGCGACAUGCAGACCCACUCACUCGGCCGCCCUUGUAGUGUGGGCGUUCCUUGUUCAGAUAGUCAUGAUCAACACUAGCACAAUAGUCUCUGUUGAUGACAGAGAAGGUGAAAGCAAAGGCCCUCCUUUCGAGCUGCUUGUACAGGGGGCAUGGACCCUUUACCUUGGUGGCAGCCUCAUCAAGCAGUUCCCGAAUCAGUUCUUAUUGAAAGAUCUGUUAUUCGAUUCAGUCUUUCCAUUUGCUCUCCUUUGUGCCAAAUUGGCACUGAAAUAUUAUGCCAUUGAGAAGGCACGGCGAUCCUUUGCACUCAGACGCAAUCCCGGACUGGUUUUUGUUUACAUGCAACAGAUAGGAGCACAAGAAGCAAAUCAAAAUCGUGAACCACGAGUAGCUGGGGAAGCAUCCCCUCCCCCACUCUUGCUUAUGGGAGAGGACGAAUUACAAGUGGAGAAGCAUCCUUGCGGGUAUGUGUUCAAGGAUGGCUUGGGGACAAGGUUGGUCAACAACACUGGCUUAGUGACAAUAGACAUGGUUUGGCACAUGGAUAGCAUGCUUCCAAUCUCAACGCCACAACUAAAAGAUAUAUGCUUGUCCUAUGCAUUGUUCAAGUUGUUGCGGUGUCAGUUUGCUAGGUACAAGCUCAUCAAUUCUGGCUCAAUGGGGACCGUUACCUUUUUCCGGAGCUUGUUGCUCAAGGUUGGUGAACAUGACAGGGUGUUUGCGGUGAUUGCGGAUGAGCUUUCAUUUGCUCAUGAUUAUUAUUAUUCAUCGUUCUCAACCUCCUACUCAAAGUUCUGGGUGCCCAUCUUGAGUAUAUUCCUGUCACUCUGGAGCAUAGGUUAUUGGACAGUGUUCAUAGCAUCCAUAAUCUCUAUCAUAGUCGCAGGUACAGAUAUUUGGGGGACAAAGUAUGGCAAUCAUCAACUUCUUUGCAAAAUAUGGUGCAUUAAGCAAUCCUUUGUAAGCGGCCCUUUAGACACGUACAUGGGAAAAUCGCUUUUAGAUAUGGUGCCACUACUUUUGGUUCUUGUGCUAGCCGUGACAGCUGAGGUCAGGGAUGUUGCUUCUUACGUUUGCUCCAACUGGACAAAAGUAACUCUUAUAUGCAGAUACCUACACCGGGCCUCUCCACAACAUUCUCUUUUCGUGCAGAAAUGGGUUAGUCUUUUGUUGCGAUGUACAUGCAAGCUGAUGAAGCACUGGGAUGAAAGAAUGAGCCAGUGCUCAGUCCUGGUACUUCCACGGAGAACAAGGCCACUAGUUCCUUUCAGGCGUCUCCUCCGUUUGCCAGACAACAAGUGGAAGGUCAAGGUACCAGCAGCUGUGAAGGUUAGCAUCAUCAAUGCACUAAGAAGUCUUAAAGAUGGACGUUUGCGGCAUGGUGCAGAAUCUCUACGACAAAGCGAAGUUGGACAAAGGUUCCUCUGGGCUUGCAAUGGAGAAGGUACAUCUGAUACCAUCCUUACAUGGCAUAUUGCCACAUGCAUCCUUGAAGUGAAGUGCCCGUACCGACCUGAUAAGCAACAGGGUUCCCCAAAUUCCAAUUCUGAUCAUAAGAUUGCAGCCACUCACCUGUCACGAUAUUGCGCAUACCUGAUGACCUGGUGUCCGGAUUUGCUUCCUGACAACAGUGCAUGGAGCAAGAGCCUGUAUGAGGCAGUCAAGAAGGAUGCAGAAUGUGCCCUCACCGAGAUCCCUGCGGCAGGGUCGAUGACGCCCGAGGACGAGUACUUGCGGGUGGUUCAGCUACUGAGUGCAAACUCGAAGCAUGAGGUGCUCAAGAAGGGCGUGAAGCUAGGAAAGCAGCUGGUGGUGGAGAUGAUCAACGCUGAGGAGACGGUGUGGAAAUUGCUGGCUCAUUUUUGGUCAGAGAUGAUUCUGUACGUCGCGCCAUCAGACAACCUGAAAGAGCACUCGGAGGCCAUUGCCAGGGGUGGCGAGCUUGUAACACUGAUCUGGGCGUUGCUGUUUCAUGCCGGUAUUGUAAACAGUCCAGGUGAGGACGAGAAAAAUGCUGCUACUGGUGGUGUUGUUUAAUGGUUUGUUUUCUUUUAUUGUUCACGCUUGAUAGGCCACUUUUCUGGAUGAUGCUACAUUGCCGCUUGUUUCUGUAUUUUGGUACUCUUGAGUAUGUACUGUAACAAGUAUCGUUUGGUGUCCUGUAAUAACGUGGAGACUAAAGAUUCACGGAUUCAAACAUAACGUGAAGACUAUAUUUUGGUGACUUGA